CUAAAAGGACUUUGUUUGGUUUGUCUGACUGGAAGAUUCAGGAGAAAACAAUUUCAGUAUCAAGAGAUCUAGUUGAUAAAAAUAUUUUAGACGCUACCAGAGACAUGACAGAUCUGAAAAGAGAUUUUGAAGAGAAGAAAGAAAUGUUUGACAUGGAGCUAAAUCCAAAGAUUCAGGAGAAAAUGGCGGCUCUUCAAGAGGAACAUUCAGAUCAGAAAGCCUUGGAAACGAGGAAAAAUCUGGAUCGAGAGAAAAAGGAAAUGGAAGAAGGCAAGACAAAAGAAUGCCAGAAAGUUCAAGAACAAUUUGAAUUUGUUGCAGCAAUGGAAGAUCUGGAAAAUGAGAGGAAAAGACUUAAGAAGAAGUACGACUUUCUUAAGAAGAUAAAGGAAAAACAAAAUGAGAAAGAGCAAAAUAUCAACAAAAUGGAGCGCGACAUGGAAGAACUGGUACCAAAUUUAGAUAACGACACAGAAAUUAUUCUUUUGCAAGUGAAAGCACUUACAAAGGAGUGGGAGCGCUUAAAGAAGAGGGACAUAAAACUGUUGACCAAAGAAAUCAAACUGACAAAGUCUAAGAUGGGAGGGGAGAUGGAGAAACAAGAAAUACAAGAAGAGAUAGCAACUUUAUAUAACGUAUCCCAAAACCUGCAUAAAAUUACAGUGAAGCUGGACGAGCGGCAAGAGAUAAUACAAAAAAUGCAGAAAAAGAUCAAGGAGGAAAAAGAGAAGCUGGCGAGAGAAAAAGAAAGUUUCCAACUGGAGUGUAGAUUGUCAGUCGAUGAGUGGAGAAAUCUGCGGGAGAAGGAGAAGCACGCGAGGAAGAAGAUAGAAAAACUCACAACGUGCAAAAAUGUCCUAACGACGGAGCAAAAACUUCUGCAGAAAGAGAAAAGGGGUGAAUGCAGUAAAACCCAAAAUCUAGAUGCUAUUUUUAAGCAACAGGAUCUCUGGGAAAUGGAACAAGCGACUCAACUGGAGAAAGACAAAAAAGAAUCGAAGGCACAGAUUAGAGAGCUAGAGCAAGAGCGCAGGUUUGUAGAUUUUGAAAGAAAAUAUCAAGAGGAGUGGAAAGAAAGCUCUACAGUCCUCCAGGGAAUCAUGGAAGCACUGCAGAACUUGAUGGUUGAUCUGGAGAAGAGGAAAGAAGCCGAACGGGAGAGAAAAAUCCCAAAGCCUGCAGAAAAAAGCUCAUUCCAGAUGAAAAAGAAAAGCAAAAAAGACGGCUUCUGUUCUUCCUCUGGAAAGCCGAAGUGUGAAACAGAAGGUUCGUUUGAAAGAAAAACAGGAGAGACAAGAACAAAUCAGGAAAAAGAGACGACGAUGAAGGGCAUUUGGGUACAGAUGUGCAAUUUGUUCCUAAAGAGAAAAAGGCCAUGAAAAGCAGCCAGAGGACAGGAGCAGGAAGUCCUCACUGAGAGCAUCUGUGAAGAACCCGUCAGAGGCUGACUCAGGGAAAACCUGCAACCAGAAAGGCCACAAAAAGGAGAACAGGUCUCUGAGCCUCAGACAGAUGAGAUGAAUGAGAUCUGUUUGAAUUAAACAUAAGAUGAAUAA